AUGGCUUCGGCAGAUGAUAUAGAUCUAUAUGAGCUCCUCAACCUUACGAAAGGCGCCAGUAAAUCAGAAGUCAAGAAGGCCUACCACAAAGCUGCCCUCACAUCCCACCCCGACAAAGUACCCGAAGACGAACGUGAAGAAGCCGACAUAAAGUUCAAAGCCAUAUCACAAGCCUACGAGAUCCUCAGCGACGACGACAAACGAGCAGCGUAUGAUCAGUAUGGCAUGGCUGCAUUUGAGCAAGGUGGUGCUGGUGGAGGGUUCGGCCAGGGACCAGAUCUAGACGAUAUACUUGCACAGAUGUUUGGUGGCGGUGCGGGUGGUAUGGGCGGUAUGCCUGGGAUGGGCGGCAUGGGCGGAAUGGGUGGCGCAGGGGGUGGACGGAGACAAGGUGGGAAGGGAAAGAAUGAGGUACAGCAGUAUGAGGUGUCGCUGGAAGAGCUUUACAAGGGCAAGACCACCCGCUUUGCAUCAACGAAGAAAGUGGUGUGUGAGCACUGCCAUGGGAGCGGAGGCAAGGAAAAGGCCAAGGCGAAGCCAUGCGACAGCUGCAAAGGACGAGGACAAACGACGAGAAUACGACCAGUUGGGCCAGGCUUGGUCACACAAGAGACUGUACCCUGCUCAACGUGCAGCGGCCGAGGCAGCUUCUUCGCUGAUAAGGAUAAGUGUAAGAAGUGCAAGGGCGUGCGGACUGUGAGCGCGAAGAAGAUCUUGGAGCUGUACAUUCCCCGAGGCAGCAGGGAAGGCGACAAAAUUGUGCUUGCCGGCGAGGCAGAUCAGGACCCCGACGAUGACUCGCCUGGCGAUAUCAUCUUCGAGUUAGUUGAGGAGCAGCACAAGACUUUCCACCGGGCAGGCGCAGAUCUACAAGCAGAGCUCGAUAUCUCAUUAUCGGAAGCACUGACUGGGUUCAAUCGGAUUGUCCUGACACAUCUAGACGGCAGAGGCAUCAGGUUACAUAUUGAGCAGCCUGAUGGUAGGGUCUUGCGACCAGAUCAGAUCCUCAAGAUCCGUGGAGAAGGCAUGCCAAUCAAGCGAUCCGAUGCGAAGGGUGACUUGUUCCUGACGGUCAACGUUGAGUUCCCGGAAGACGGUUGGUUGAAGAGUCAAGCAGCGGUCGACAAGGUCAAGGCUGCGUUACCUACGGUAGAGCCUGUCUCGUUCGGUGUUGGCGAGACGCCAGAGAUCGUGGACGAGGUCGACUUCGAGGAGGUGGAGAACCUGGAGGAGUUUGGUGCCGGUUCAGAUGACCCACGGGCUGGUGGUGACUGGGAGGACGACGAAGAGGGGGCACAAGGAGCGCAGUGCGCGCAGCAGUGA